UCAACAAGUUUCAUUCUUCUAGUCUGUCUGAUGAUACAAUGCCACGGGUCCACUCAUUUCCAUUACCAAAUGAAAAGACAGGAGGUUACACUGUCCUGUGAAACAUGUCAAUGGGAGGCUGAUGUGAACUCAGACAACAGAGUGGACUGCAGCUUAUCAAAGACCGGGAAAUCAAAUAAAUCAGAAUGUCCAGCUGGAACACCAGAACUGUGCAAUGAGAUCAAGUACAGCUCUGAUGGUUGUCAAAUCGUGGUAAAGAGGGGAUUCUUCACUUGUGUCCGUAAUAUUGAAGAUAAGGCUUGCUCCGUCCAUCCAUUCAAACCCUCUGCUCAUCAUGUGGAGUCCUUCAUUGUUGCUCAGGAAGAACCAGACAUGGUGUCUAAUAAUAUAAUGGAAAGCUCAGUGCAUGUGUCUGCAGGAGGAUCAAUUAAUCUGACAUGCAAAUUUACAAUAAAGGGAAGUUAUUCCAAUCAGCCUUUUGUGGUGUACUGGAUUAAGACUGCAGCUGAGAGCAGCACAUAUCUUCUGCUGAAGAGAACAAACACAUCCCACCCUUCUCUUAUUCAUACCAACACCCAUAACCUGACGAUCAGCAAUGCCGCUCACUCAGACAGUGGACAGUAUGUGUGUGCCUUGCAAGUGAACGACACCAAAAAGCAGCUGCACUGGAGAGUAAUCACCAACACUACAGUCACUGUGGAUGAUCCAGUCAAUCCCGAUGUGUAUGCUGAAGACAAUCCAACAACCACUGGAACUACCACUGUUGGCACUUUUCUAAAAGCAGAAAGUGCUCAUGAAACACUCCUCACCCCUGGAGAUGACAGUGCUGGAGUCUACGUGGCCGGCAUAGUAGUGCCCAUUAUUCUCAUCGUUAUUGUCGUCAUCAUACUACUGAAGAGGAGAUCAGCUGGGACCAAAGUUCCUCAGACUGUGAUAUUCCAAAGUAAUCAGCAUGGAAAGGACGGUGAUGAUGACUGUUCCCCUUAUGCGGUGAGCCAGAGAGAGCAGGAACACCAGUACUCCGUCCUCCAGCUGCCCGAGCAGAACACCGACCGCUCCACCGGCCUUCAGAAGCACAAGAUCAUCAUGAAGAACAACUCCAUUUAUGAAGCCUCAGGUCCGUCAUGAAGAGCAACUCCAUUUAUGAAACCUCAGGUCCGUCAUGAAGAACAACUCCAUUUAUGAAACCUCAGGUCCAGGUUUACUUUUGAUUUUUCCCAAAAAAUCAA